CGCCCGGGCGCGGGGACAGCGCCGGGCCCGGGCACAGCUCCCCGGCCUCAGACACCUCCCUUGGGACCGGCGUGCCCCGCACGGCCCCGCCGCUCCUGGGGAUCCCCGGCCAGGCCGGGGCAGCGGGGGAGAAGCGCCAAGCGGGUGAAGGCAAUGGACAAGGAAGAGGAAAAAGCUGCCGGUGGGGAAAAAGAUCACAUGCCCCCAGAAGAUGAGAGAAGCAGUAGAGAGGAAUGUCUUUCAGAGGCCAAGGAGAAAGAGAAAGAAACCCAGCAUGUCAUCAAAAAUAUCCCGUGGACCGCAGCCAAAAACUUCACAGUGCAGACAGGAUGGCAGCAAAUUGAAGAACUAAUUUCUACAUGGGACAUUCAUGAAAGCUGGCUUCACCACUCAGAAUUUCUUGAGGAAGAAGAACUGAAGGACAGCAAGAGGUACCAUUACAGAGUUUGCUGGGGCCUCCCAACUUGCAGAAAACCCAUCCCACGAGCAACAGCAAGUGUCUACUUUGUUAUAGUGAUCUCCAAAUCCAAACCUGAUACUGAACCUGUAGAGGUCUUCUACAGACUGGAGUCCAGCAGGCUAAUUCGGAGGCCAGAACAGUGCCAGUUUAGAGAAAAGUGGCUUCAGGACAUAAUUGAAAAUAAAAUAGCAUGCGCAGAAAGACUUGCUUCCCGAUGAACAGCGCCAAUUCACCAUUACCAAUACUCUGUUGUGGAGAACCAAAUAAACAUGUUGAAGAAAGAAAAGCUC